AAGCUAAUUACUUUUUAUGAGAUUAGUAGUGUUAUCUUUUUUCUUUUGUUUUGUCGUUUUGAUUUUUUUUUAAUCAAUAAAGCAUUCAUCAAUAUCAUCCAUCAUUUUCGUAUUUGAUUUGCUCUGAAUUUGUGAAUUUUAUCCCCAAAUUCACAAAUCCAUCAAUAUCCCCAAAUUCACAUGCCCAACAUUUCCUCUGAGCUAAGUCAAAUACCUCAAAUAAAUUUUUAAAAAAGAAUUCCCAAGAUCAGAAUAUGACUCCUUCCCAAAGUCACCUUUCUCUCAUUCAAAUCUAUCUAUCUAGCCACUACUAAAAAUUUUAAAAAAAAAAUGUUGAAAAAGACUCCUACCAAGAAUCCUCUUCUUGGCUUUCUAGUUUCUACCCCAACAAAUCUAUCCCACUCAAUCCUGUAAACUAAAAUCCAUAUCUAUGUCAAUUUUCUCUUUUUCUCUUUUUCCUUUAUGUCUUCCAGCAAGAAAAAUCAAUUGAAAACCCUGUUAACAGCCAAUGCCGGAUGUGGCUGUGGCAGGCAAAAACUUUCUGAUGUUCAUGUACCAAAGUUAAAAUCCAAAACAUCUGCACCUCAAAAUCCUAAACUAUGCUCUUCCUCAAGCUCUUACGACAAAAACAAUGCCCUUUCAGCCAUCGAAAAUGAUGACUUGACAUCGACUUCUUUCUCUUUCACUACUUUCAACUCUGAAUCUGAACCUGAUCUUCCAAGACCCUCGAAAGUUAUGCUAAGCCCUUGCCCUAAAAUCAUCGACAGCAUCGCUAUGGUGAAGGAUUCCAACGACCCAUAUCAAGAUUUUCGACAUUCGAUGCUUGAAAUGAUCAUGGAAAAGCAAAUCUACUCGAAACAUGAUCUUCAAGAGCUUCUUCAAUGCUUUUUGGAGCUGAAUUCCCGCCACCACGAUGUUAUUGUCAAGGCUUUCUUGGAGAUCUGGAACCAGGUUAUCUCCAAGGAGAUUGUUACGGUACAGGAUCAGGAAGUAUGUGUUGUUCAUGGACAGAAACAUAGAUCCUAG